AUGAUCAAGAGAAACUUGGCAAAGAUUAAGCACGCAAUGGGAUUUAAAAUAUCACAUUCCAACAAUCAGAAGAAAGUGAAGCCUUUCUAUGGUCCAGUGAAUGAUGAUGAUGGAACCGAUGGCUCUUUGACGUUAAUCAGCCCACCUGAUGAUGCGGGCUAUGCUUCAUGGCUGAUUCAACACCCUUCCGCAUUGAACGCAUUCGAUUCCAUAACGAAGGAAGCCAAGUGGAAAAAGGUUGUCGUGUUUUUGGACUACGACGGCACUUUGUCGCCCAUCGUUGAAGACCCCGACAAGGCCUUCAUGUCUGCCGAGAUGCGUAUGGCGGUACGUGAAGUUGCAAAGUAUUUUCCGACAUCUAUAGUCAGCGGUAGGAGCCGAGAAAAGGUUAAAGAAUUUGUACAGUUAAGCAAUGUGUAUUAUGCCGGGAGCCAUGGGCUGGACAUAUUGGCGCCACCCAGAGCGGAUAAAAAGGUGAAUGAAGGUGCCUUUCAACCUGCAAAAUUAUAUUUACCUGCAAUUCAAGAGAUAUCAAUAGAGUUGGAAGACACAAUUAGAGAUAUACAAGGUGCUAGGCUAGAGGAUAACAAGUUCUGCAUCUCUGUGCAUUAUAGGCAAGUUCAACCAAAGGACCGUGAAACUCUGAAGGAGAGGGUGAAAUCUCUAGUUGAAAAUCGCCUCGAAUUUCGUCUCACCGAGGGUAAAAUGGUUUUAGAAGUGCGACCGUCGAUAGAGUGGAACAAAGGUGACGCCCUGAAUUAUUUACUUGAUGUUUUAGGAUUCAGCAAUGCCAAAGAUGUUCUCCCAUUGUACAUCGGAGACGAUCGAACCGAUGAAGAUGCAUUCAAGGUCAUAGCAGGUAGACGUGAAGGGUUUCCAAUAAUAGUUUCUUCCAUUCCAAGAGACACCAUAGCUUGGUACUCCCUCCGCGAUCCGUCCGAGGUAUUAGCUUUCCUAUUACGACUCGCCAAAUGGAAGAAAUCAGAGACUUCCAUCUUCAAGUAGAUUCAUCAAUGGUUCCUUUAUAUAACAUAAUAUAUAUAUAUAUAGUUAGUAGAAAAGGGUCUUUGAAUGGAUGGAUAUUCAUCACUUUAGGUGUUUUUUUGUUGUU